GUAAGUAUUGAGUCUGUCUGUUCGCCGGUCCGACUGCCAGUCAUAGACUAACUCUGCUUUGCCAUCUUCUUCUUCUGUGGCAGAAAGAAAAGCACAGCACAUGGAGAGGAGAGAGAGAUAGAGUUUUUGGUGGGGGGGGUCUACACAUUUUUUUAUAUCAUUUUUCCUCUUCUGCCAUCUUCUCUCUGCUAUAUAUAUAUUUUUUCUUUAUUUCUGAUGUGUAUGUGUUUGGCUUGGCUACCAGCAAUGGCUCGAUAAGUAGAUAUAUAUACAAUACAUACAUACAUAUAUAUACAUAUAUAUAUGUCUAUAUGUGUGCCAGUCUGUAGGCAAGUUAGACUUGUCUGUGUGUUGUUAAACCUAUUGGCUGACCGCGCCAUUACUUGCUGCUGUGGGAGCUGAGCUGUUUGUUGUUCAUGACAUCUUGGAAAGUGUCUCUGCUAUAACAAGACACACCAUUCCGGCCUUGGCUUGGCUGGAUGGACGACAAAAUGCUCCAUUUUCUCACACCACCAUCACACUCCUCUUCAAACACACCCAUCGCCGCUAUUUUCUUUAUUAUGAAUACCAUUUGAUUUCUCUAGGGGGAGGUAUACAUCCAUCCAUCUAUCCAUCCAUCCAUCCAUCCAUAUAUAUAUAUAUAUAUAUAUAUAUAUAUAUACAUACAUAUAUAUAUAUAUGUGUAUAUAUAUGGUGUUACACGUCUGCCUUGGCACUCAAAUAAUUGUCUCCUACCAAGAGAAAGCAACAAAACAAAGACACCUAGAACCACAAACCCAUCAACCAAAACCUAAAAAGCCGAAUCCAGCCUCCAUAUAUACAUAUGUACUUAUAUAUACACACGUGCGUGUGUCUAUAUAAAUAUAUAUAUGGUCCUAUCUAGUCUUCAACCAUCCUCCGCAUUCAACAUCCAUGCUCCACAGCCAUACAAUAUUGAUUUCGAAUUUUGGCACAAGGCCAGCAAAUACACGGACGUGGAUCAUUCCAAGAUGGAGUCCAUUACUCUGAAGACAUGAAAACCAGAAGACACUUGUCUGCCCCACUGAGAAUUACGGCCAUUUUGUUCCCUACUACAGCAUCAAUGUGUUAAUAGUUGCAAACAUGUACAAGUCCAAUCCAUGCCAGCAUGGAAAGAGGACAUAAUAUGAUGAUGAUGAUGACGAUGAUGAUGAUGAUAUAUAUGUGUGUGUCAUAUAGAGUGUAAAAUAUGAAACUACACCAAGAAAUCAUUAUUUUUUUAAAUACAUACAUUAACAGACUCACACAGACUCACACACCCCACAUACUGACUCACAAACACGCAAGUACGUAUAUAAAGACUUUAUCAGAACUUGAAAUGAGUUUUGUGUUUGAAAGACAAGUCCAAUGAAAAUUUGCUUCUGUACAGAAGAUUUGAACACGUGACGGACUGAACUGUGUGUCUACCACCUCUGCAGUUUACAAUGGAUCGGUGCAGCAACCAAAGAAUUAUCUCUAGCCAGAGUCAUGGUAAACAUCUUUCGAUGAAGCAGUCAUCGCAGCUGCAUAAGCAGAGUGCAUCGAACGUACCUAGCAACAAACAUGUGGCACACAGUGGCAAAAUCUCGUCAUCGGUGGCGUUUGGUUUGUCAAACAACUGCCACAACAGCAGCAACAGCAGUAGCAUAUAUGCCAAGGACUAUUCUCAAAAGUCCUCGAUGAGUACCCCAGUGCCAAGGGCGGCACACACUGGCCCUGAUCCUUCCAUUAGGCAGCAUUCUAACAAUCAUCACAGCACCGGUGACAAUCUGCAGUCGCAGGUAAUCGCUGCACAGCAAAGGCUGAUGCAGUCAACAGGGAGUGCAAGCAGUGCAUCGGACAGGCAAGCACAACAUUUACAGCUGCAGCAAUAUCCUUCUUCUACAACUUCGUCUCAGUCUAUCCACCAUUCGCAUCACCUGCAAGGACCUCUUCUGCCACUGCUGGGGGACACGAUAUUCUCUUGUGACGUGUUCAGCAAAGAAUUUCCGCAACGUCUUUUAGCGACUUCCAGUCCCAUUGCCACACAUCUUGGCGACAACGUCUUUCGGCCCGACCUCUAUGCCAGUCAAUUCAUUCAACCCUGUUAUCUACCACUGGCCCCCGAACAGCUGAUUGGUACCAUGCUGUCAACCACCACCAUACCGUCGACAUCAACAACAUCCACAACCAACAAAACAAACGUCUCUGAAGAACAUACAAUGACAGCAAAUAACAUCUCUAAACAAUACACAAACAGCGAAAGUUCUUCAAAGAAUUACUCUUUGAAUACAAAUCUUGCCUGUAGUAGUAGUAGUAGUAGUAGUGGUAGUAGUAGUAGUGGUAGUAGUGGUGGUGGUAGUCGAGGUGGUGGUGUUAAUAGUAUUAAUAAUAAUAAUAAUAACAGUAACAGUAUACACAGCAACCAUACCUCUUGCAACAGCAGCCACUCUACUACUACUACUACUUCUACUGUUAAUAACAAACACUACAGUUCCAGUCAGACCCAGUUACUUGAGGUACCACAAGUUCAAUCCCAGCACAUAUCACAACAAUCGGGGCAGAACUGUUUAUCAUCUCAACAAUUAAGCAAGCAACAACUACAUCAGUCCCUGGCCCACCAACAGAAUCCACUCUCUUGUGUCAUCGGACAGAGUUCAAAGAAGGUCACCAACUACCAAGCUCACUCCCAGGCCCCUUGCAAAACCCAGCCGCAGCAGCAGCCCCAGAAUCUUCAGAAACCGAAACCACCGAGGAACUCGGAGAGUGACAAGAAUUUGUUUUGUGAUUAUUGCGGGAAAGAAUUUCUUCGAUCUUACUUGCUGUUGAUGCAUCGAAGAACUCAUACGGGAGAGAAACCAUUUGCUUGUGAACUCUGCUCGAAACAGUUUGCUAGAAAAGAUACACUGCAGAGACACCGAAAGAUCCACAUCAUAAAGAUUCCCGAUAAGUUUGACCAAUAUCAGCCGAACAACUAUCCAGAAGAACCAAAGAUAGAAUCGGAAACCAAGAUAAAAAGUAAUUUUAAUUCCGUGGAUAUUUUUGAUCCUUCCGUAAAUGACAUUAACCACCUGCACAGGCUGGGAUUAUCCGUCUGUUCAUCUUUACAACCAAACUGUACCCCUGUGACGGAUGAGAAAGCCAUCUCAGAGUUUCAGAACAGCAGCAUUUCAGUAAAUUCCAUGCUGGAUGGUACAUCGCAAUUGCAAAACUUAUCUGCAACUUCUGAAAAUCAAAUCCAAAAGUUUUCAGUUGAAUCUUCAGACGUGAAGGAAAGUGACUUUUCUGGUCCGAAAAUUUACAGUUGUGACAUUUGUAAGAAACAAUUUGCCCUUCAACAUUAUCUUAACAUCCAUCGACAAAUUCAUUUCAAAGAUAAACCUUUUCAUUGUAAAUUCUGCUCUCACAGCUUCUCAAGGCAAGAUUCAUUGAAACUACACCUGCGAACACACACAGGUGUGAAGCCAUAUCAGUGUGAUGUUUGUCAGAAGUCGUUUGUUCAGCGUUUAUACUUGAAGAUUCACAUGAGGAUCCAUACAGGUGAGAAACCUUACACCUGUGAAUUCUGUAACCAUAGCUUCACACGCCGAGAUUCUUUGACAAUUCAUCGGCGUAGACACACUGGGGAGAAACCAUUCCACUGUGACAUCUGCCGAAAGAAGUUUGCUCAGCGUCUUUAUCUGCAAAUACAUCGCCGAACACAUACAGGUGAAAAGCCAUUUACCUGUGAAAUAUGUAAACAUAGUUUCUCACGCAGAGAUUCGUUAGCUAUUCAUAAACGGACCCACACCGGGGAGAAACCUUUCAAAUGUGAUGUCUGCCUGAAACAAUUUGCACAGAAGCACUAUUUAAGAAUUCAUCAACGUAAACACACAGGUGAGAAAUUGUUUACCUGUGAUAUAUGUUUCACCAAAUUCACUCAGCUGGGCUACCUUGAGGUACACAAAAGGAUACACACGGGCGAGAAACCAUACCAGUGUGACUUGUGCAUUCAGAAGUUUGCUCGAAAAUCCACUCUGAUUAUUCACCGCAGGACACACACCAAUGAAAAGCCAUUCAAGUGCGAAAAGUGUGGAAAAGCUUUUGCUAAGAAAGAUAAACUGAAUUCACACAUUCGAACUCAUAUUAAGAAGAAGCGUUUUGUGUGUGACAUUUGUGAGAAAUGGUUUUCUCGUCGUGAUACGCUGAGGAUACAUCAAAAGUUACACUCCGAUGAGCGACCCUUUCAGUGUGAAAUCUGCCAGAAGGGAUUUGUACAGAAGGACAAACUGCUUUUACAUCAAAGAAUUCACUCAGACAACAAACCAUUCACCUGUGACCUUUGUCCCAAGAAAUUCUAUCAACGCAACGUAUUAGAAAUCCAUCGAAGAACGCAUACAGGUGAGAAACCGUUCCAGUGCGAUUUGUGUCCACAGAGAUUUGCUCGAAAAGAUACCCGUGCAAUUCACCGUCGAAUACACACUGGAGAGAAGCCAUUUUGCUGCAAUAUCUGUGGUGAGAGAUAUGCUCAGCGUGAGAGGUUACGUAUACAUACACACAUUCACACAGGAGAGAAACCUUAUCAAUGUGAUUUUUGCCCCAAACAGUUCUUUCAAAAAAGCACGCUGACAAUACACAGGCGCUGCCACACCAACGAAAGACCUUUGUUUCAAUGUGACGUUUGUUUCAAGGAAUUUGUCCAGCGGGAUUAUUUAACCGUUCACAAACGCAUCCAUACUGGCGAGAAGCCAUAUCAUUGUGAUAUUUGCCUCCAAAAGUUCUCCCGCCGAGACACUUUAUCGACACACAGGAAAACUCACUCCGGCACCAAAGAGUUUCAGUGUGAAAUUUGCUACAAGAAAUUUGCCAACAAAGAUUAUCUGCGAGUUCACCAGCGGACACACACUGGAGAGAAGCCUUUCCAUUGUGAAAUAUGUUUGAAGAAAUUUGCUCGCAGGGACUACCUUCAGGUUCAUAAGAGAUCACACACCGGAGAGAAACCUUUCCAGUGUGACAUUUGCUUCAAACAGUUUGCACAGAAAGAUUACCUUUUAGUGCAUCGAAGAACACACACCGGGGAGAAGCCUUACCACUGUGAUAUGUGUAGUCAGAGAUUUGCUCGACGAGAUUCUUUACAAAGGCAUAAAAAGACUCACCAGCACAUAGGAGGUUUUGUGAAAAUAAAAGACAAUUAUUUGGACACAGAUGACAUAAACGACACAAUCGAGACCUCUCCUCCCCCGCCACCCCCACCGCCUCCACCUCCCUCACAUCCAGUUCCAGCCCCUGCACAUCAGUUAGCGACAACUAGCAACACAGAUGAAUUUCCUCCAGUCAGUAAAUACUUGUGGUUGUGAAAGAGAAAAAAACAUUUUAAUAACUGGACUAACCAACCAGACUCCCUGAACAAUUUUCAUUGCUGAACACUCAAACAACUUUGGUAUUUUUGGUAGGGGGCAAAUAUUAUUCCUAAGUUGUAAAACUAUCUUUGACCCUUUUUUUUCAGUCAAUUUUGAUUUUUCUCUCCACCAGAUUUUGUCUUGCAACAAAAGAGGACAAGUCCCUUUUUAACAACCUUUUUCUUUUUUCUCCAGAAUGUUCUCUCUAAUUCUCAUGGCCCUCUUUUUAUUUACUCAGCACCAAAACUGACCUAAUUCUUGUCCCUUUAUUUUCAUACAAUCUUGUUACAUCCAUUAUGAUUUUUUUUCCAUGCUAGCAUGGGUGGGAUGGCGCUACAAAUUUACAUUCUUACAUGAAUUGUUGGAGAAAAUGAUGUACUGUUUAUUGCCCUUCCUGAUAUCAAGCAGUCAAUCAUGAAAUAAAUGAUGAUAACACAGCUAAAAAUGGACGUCUGUGUGGGUACUUUAAACAACAGGGUACCUUGCUUUAAUAACAAGCUUCUAUAUCUUUCAGUGUCAAGUUUGGAGUUUAAAAGGAAAGAGAUUGUAGAAGUAGUGGCUAUAUAAUGGACUAGGAUGGUGUUCCAGUACUGCAGUUCUUUAGCAUGGAUGUGAAUUAAGGAUUGAAGUCUGCUGUAAAAGAUGGAAACACUGACGAAGAAAAGAAAAGUAAAAUAUCUCACAGCAGACACUGAUUCGUUAUCUGUAAAUAAAUAAUAAAUGGACACAUUCUUAUUCAUUAUAUCUGUGUGUGAGUGUGUGUGUUUAUACAUAUAUAUGUAUAUAUAUAUAUACACACACAUAUGUAUAUAUAUAUAUAUGAUUAUAUAUGCAUGCACAUGUAUUAUAUAAAACGUGUGUGCUUGUGUGUAUGUAUGUGUGUGUGUAUAUAUACAUCCCCCAAAACAAAUGAACUGCCAGUUUUUAAGUUUUUAACAUUUGAAAUGUUAAAUAAAAAUAUUCUAAGUUUUUCACCGAA